GUUUUCCUAUUUUAGUACUUAGACUACUAGGACAACAUGGACCACUUCGAGAUUUCUCCUUCAAAAAAAAAAAAUCCUCGUGGAAAAUUUGUUGGGACUGGUCAAAAGCGGAUUAUCAUCAAUCUGUACAAAGACAAACUCAAGCAACAACUUGAAAACCCAGACAGCCCCCGAUUGACCUACAGACAAAUGCUUGUCGAAAUUUCCAAGGCAAGUGGUAUUGGACAACGUACAAUACAAACAACAUUGGCCGAGUAUAAAAAAGAAGGUAUAGUUUCAUCGCCCAUCAAGAAAAAAUUAAGACCUACAAUACUUGACAAAGUGGACGAAUUUGAUAAAAAUGCCAUUAGGCGAAAAAUACAUGGCUUUUGGUUGAAUCGUGAAGUACCUACACUUGCGAAGAUGUUAAUAGCCAUUAAUGAUGAUGAAACUUUACCGAAUCUUAAACGUUCGUCAUUUCAAAAAGUGUUAAAGGAACUGAAAUUUGUUUAUGCAAAAAAAUCUCGCUGUAGUGCCCUUCUUGAAAGAGAAGACAUACAACGUUGGCGCCGAAAAUACUUGGAUCAAAUAAGGCAAUACAGAGCACAAAACAUACCAAUAUAUUACUUGGAUGAGACAGUACGGUCAAGUCACCCCGUGACGCAUUCCUCAGAGGCUUCACCACAGGACAAAAGGAACCCUCAGUGGUUUGAAAAAACUUUGCCAAUGCUCAAUGAAAAUGCCGUAAUUGUAAUGGACAAUGCUUCACAUCAUUCCGUUAAAAAAGAUCCAAUUCCAGUGAUGUCUUGGAAGAAACAAGAUAUUAUAAAUUGGCUAGAAAGCAAAGGUGAUAUCGUUACCCAGCAAUGUUGGGAAAAAGUCUAG